AUGGGCAUUGUAAAUUCAAAAGUGCCAUUCCCUUUGCUAGCAAAAAAUGUCAAAAAUAAUGAAAUUGAUGAGAAAGAGAAUCGACGCGUAUUAUCACUAGUUUUAGAUUUCGCUGAUGAAGUUUUUAACGAUAUUGAAAAUGACACCACAUCGAUUUUGGUUAACCAAUUACUAAUAGAAGCAGAGGAAAAAUUAUUAUCCUCUGAUUAUAUGGAAUCUAUAGAACUAUAUACUAAAGCUUCAAUAUUAGGGUCUGUUUAUGCCAAUGCCAAACUUGGUUUAUUAUAUCUUGAAGGAUACAAAUCAAUUCAAUCUGAUUACCGGGUUUCAGCUGGAUACUUUUCAAUUGCUUUAAAACUGAUAUUACUAAUACCACCCAAAUUAUGGAAUUUUUGCCAUUUACUCGAAAUAAUUGCCGGAUUGAGCGAAUUAUAUCGAUUCCAUCUUGUCUAUCAACGCGACUAUCAUAUAUGGUUUCAUGGCAUAAAACUUAUGAAAAAAAUUGAAACGAUAUUUCAAGACCCAAAUUUUAUUAAACUUACACACGAAGAAAAUCAAAAACGGCGAGCCAUCCGAAUUCACAUGACUUAUUGCUUUGCUUUAAAUUUACAGGCCGAACAGGAUUUUGUAACCGCAUUAAAAAUGUUUGAAGAAUGUGAAAGGAUAGGUUACUGUGGUUAUUCGACAGCAGAUAAAUUGGUAAAAAAGGCACACACUCAAUAUAGAUUAUUAGAACCUCGUGUGCCUCGUGUGCUUCCAAUUUGUGCUUCAUGUAAUUAUGAAGCAAAAAAAAUUGAUGAGAUUUGGAAGCUUAUAGUCUGUUCUAAAUGUCAAACUGCGUGUUGUACCCGCGAAUGCAUGAUUAAACAUCGAGCAAUUCAUAAUAAUUUAAAAUGA